UACGAUACCAGGAGGCGAUAGUAAACUUUCUUUCGGCCUCUGCUAAUUAUUCCCCGGUGGAAUUCCAAAAUCACUUUAGUGCAGGUUCUCGCUGGGGCGAAACGUAGUCCGGUGAAGUGCUUCAAUUCGGCCAUCAACUGAUAACAAGUUAAUCUUUGGAGUUCGCCGUGUAUUCAAAUCAGAGAUAAUUGCAAAAAUGCCUGAACUGCGAUUUGAUGGACGGGUGGCCGUGGUGACCGGGGCCGGUGCAGGAUUGGGCCGAGAGUACGCGCUACUGUUUGGAGCCAGAGGAGCAAAGGUCGUGGUCAAUGAUCUGGGCGGAAGUAGCACCGGCGAAGGCAGCUCCAAAAGGGCGGCCGAUGUGGUUGUUGACGAGAUUGUUGCGAAGGGUGGUAUUGCCUGCGCUGAUUACAAUUCCGUCGUUGAAGGUGAAAAAAUCAUUGAAACUGCUAUAAAAAAUUUUGGCCGCGUCGAUAUUCUCGUCAAUAAUGCUGGCAUCUUGCGCGAUAAAAGUGUUGCUAAUAUUUCAAAUGAAGACUGGGAUUUGGUGCAUAAUGUCCAUUUGAAAGGAAGUUUCAAGACAUCCCAAGCAGCAUGGCCUAUUUUCAAGAAACAAAAAUACGGACGCAUCAUCUUAACCUCAAGUAACUCUGGAGUUUAUGGUAACUUUGGCCAGGCAAACUACAGUGCAGCUAAGUUGGGACUUGUUGGAUUGUCUAACACUUUAGCUAUUGAGGGAGCCAAAUAUAACAUUCAUUGCAAUGUUAUUGUUCCAACUGCAGCUUCUCGACUAACUCAGGGCAUCUUGCCGGAAUUCUUGUUCAAUGAAUUAAAGCCCAAAUUGAUUGCUCCAGUCGUUGUCUAUUUAUGCCACGAAAGCAAUACCGAUAAUGGUGCCAUAAUUGAAAGCGCAGCUGGUUUCGCAGCUAAGCUUGAAAUUGUUCGUGGCAGAGGAACCGUUUUGAGGAAGUCAAUUGAACAGGAGACCAUCACACCAGAGGAAGUGCAAGAAGGAUGGUCGAAAGUUACUGAUAUGGCCCACGCCAAACGUAUUGAUGCAAUGACUCGAGCAAGUACUUCCCUUAUGACUGUUCUGGAAGACCUUAGAGAGAAUUCUAAGGAAAAUUUCACCGCUGAAGAUAUUUUCUCGUUUGGUUCGAAAGAUCUGAUUCUUUACGCUUUGGGAAUUGGAGCAUCUGUCAAGAAUCCUAAAGAUAUGAGAUUCCUUUAUGAAAAUCACCCCGAUUUUGGGGCCAUACCUUCAUACUUUGUCUUACCAGGUCUUCUGCUCAGUAUGACCUCCAGUUUAGUCGGGUCCGCUGUUACGCACACUAAAGUUGACUUCACCAAUAUUUUACACGGCGAACAAUACAUCGAAAUCGUAAGUGACAUCCCAUUAGCGGCCACCCUAGUAACAAAAGGAAAAGUGCUGGACGUUAUGGAUAAAAAGUCUGGUGCGGUUGUUGUCACGCAAGCGAACUCAUAUGACGAAAGUGGUUCCCUGAUUGUCAUUAACCAAAGCCAGACCUUCGUAGUUGGAGCCGGUAACUUCAAUGGAAAGAAAACACCAGGUCCAGGUGUUAUUCAGGCUAUUCCAGCCCCAUCUCGAAAUCCUGACUCAACAAUUCGGUAUAAGACGAGUGAGGAUCAAGCUGCCAUUUAUCGGCUUUCUGGAGAUUUGAAUCCACUUCACAUUGAUCCAAACGUUGCUCUUAUGGCUGGUUUCAAAGUUCCAAUUUUGCAUGGUUUAUGUACUUUGGGCUUCUCUGUACGAGCUGUACUCGAGAAAUACGCUGACAACAAUCCCGCACUGUUCAAGGCUGUUAAAGUUCGCUUCACUAAGCCGGUAAUUCCUGGCCAGACCCUUCAAAUUGAUAUGUGGCGCGAUGGAAACAGGAUAUUCUUCAAAACAUCUGUUGUGGAAACGAAGCAAGAUGUUAUAACGGGCGCAUAUGUGGAUUUGAAAGAUGUUAUUGAAAGUGGCAAAUCAAGCAAGCUAUAAGAGUAGUACAUACAUGUUACUACCACUAUUUUAGCAUUACUUACAGCUAAGGAUAUGGGAUUUUGCAAUCUAUAUAGAGAUGAGGUGAUAAGCAUACACACGCAUUUAUGUACUAUUUUAUAUAACAGUUAUGUUUUUAUUGUUAAUCAAUAAAUCAUUUUACAAUAUA